GCGUACUUUAGGCUUAGACGAAGACAACAAUAAGACACCGGCCAGCACAUCAUACUAGUAGUCUUUUACCCUUUCUCCAUUCGACUGCACGCAAAAAGCAUGCCGAGCAACAGUGAACAUGACCGGCUAUUGGGUGACGCUGAAACCGAACCAAAAGAUGCUGUCCAACAAAAUCCUGCCCGAGUGGAGCAUCGUAAUACUUUUAGUGAAGAGCACGGAGAACACCCCAUGCAAAACUACCUUUCCCGAUUUGUCAGCAUCAUCUGUCUGUUCUGUGUGGUGACUGCUGGGAUAGUUCUCAGUGUUGGUAACAGCGCUGUGGAUCCAAUUGACAACCCUGUGGAAUUCACUGGUACUUCCAACAGCACACCGACGCCUCUGCAUAUGGAACCAAUCGGACCUGAGAAGCUGGAAAGGUUUCUCUACAUAGCUAUGAUAGCUGGUUUGCUGUGGAUAAUCGUCACCUUGCUCUGCCCAAACUUCCUCAUCGUACAAACUACAAACCACCAUGGCUGCUCCGGACAACUGGACAAGGCAAUGCUGCAUCUUCUGGGCGCCACACUCAUCUUUGCCGUCGGGGCUGCAUUCCUUCCUCUCAUCAACUUCGUCGCUUAUCUUAGCAAUGCUAGGUGCUAUCGCGAUAAAGUUUGGGGUCAUAAUCAAGCGGAAUGGGUACUUUAUCAAACCUGCCAUUUCUUAUUUAUCUUCAUUCAACCGCUCUUCUUUUUCAAGUACAUCCAGCACGGCGCACAGCUGAAGUUUUGUAGGGGGUUGUCCCACUUUGCUCUGAUGUGGUUGAUGGGAACUGAUGUAAGCCUGUGGUUUCAUUUUCUAAUGGAAGAGUCAGGUGAUGAAGGGUCGCUCAUCAUAUCACCCCCCAAGAGUCCAACUUCCGGAAUGACAUAUGGUAUGAAUACCAGACCCAGUAAUAUCACCUGUCCAGCUUCCUCGCGCCUACAGGGCUUGCUACCGGAAAUACGCCCGUUUUUACACCCCUUCGUUCUAGAAUACUCACUCAUCUCUGCUGGACUUUUUCUGAAUUUGUGGAACCGUAUAGGAAAAAGACCGCAAGAAGGUGGGUGCAGUGUACAAAUAGAUCGCCUGCCACAGCAGACCACUUCCCUGCGCAUUCCUAUGGUAAGUGGUUUGAUCCUGGGCCUCGUCGUAGUUCUGGUACUGACAGCUGCUAUAGCUUAUCAUUCUACUAAACUCAUGGACUUGGGCAUCAAAACAGAUAUAUGCAACGAUACAGUAGUUGAGGCCGUGAAAUCAGAAUUGGAUACCGCUUUUGGAGUGUACUAUGGUUGCAGUAUAAUAGUUUACGUGAUGAUGCUCUUUGGUUGUUUGAUUGUACUCUGGUCCCCAGUAAAACAGAUCAUCCAAGGGAUGGAAACACCCAUGUUAAGUGGCCGCGACACUGAUCCACAACACAAUAGUCACAUUUGGAUAGACACAGCUUUACUGCUAUCUUCUGUUGCAGGUGUUUUCCUCAUCAAUGGCUUUGGCAUGGCGGCAUCUGUGGGGCUAUCCAAAUACUAUACUUGUGGGUACAUCUCCAGCUGGUACAUGGCUGACUGUGCCCUUGGCACAAUUCACUGCAUUGCACAACUGCUGUUGAUCAUAGGUGCACUUCAUCAGCGGUGGGUUGGGACAAAGUGGCGCACAUUUGUCUUCUCCUGCCUUUUCAUCCUCAAUCUUGGGCUUUGGGGAAUUGAUCUGUACGAAGUAAAAAACAUUACCACUACUGCACUUGGUCAAGUCUACUUUGGCUCUGGUGUGUGGUCCGUAGUCAUUCAUGUUGCUUAUCCCUUGUGCAUUUUCUUCCGUUUGCAUUCUGCUGCAACUUUAUUCCCGCUGAUGAUAAAAUCCUGCAGGGUUAACAAUGCCGGUGGUCAUGUUCAGUCCAUUGACAUGCAAGAAUUGUAAAGAUGCAUGUGCCGUGGUCAUAGUCCAGAGUAUCUUUUUGGACCACCGGGUACAAAGAUGCGACUUGUUUACUUUGGAUUUCUACAGAUCUCCCUGACAGGCUGCCUAUGUAUGUAGGGCGGGUACCGGUACGGUGUACCGGUACAAAACCGAUUUUCAUGUUAGACCGGUCCAGAAAAACCGGACCUGAAAAAAAUCUGUGUAGCGGAUGCUGGACCGAUUCGAAAAUGAACAGAUUACACUGGCAGGCGUUCGAUUGUUUGUGGGCUUACAGAUCAAAGCCUGAAAAGAACAAAAGCGAAGCAGAGGAGAGUUCACUUGGUAAUUUUUACCAGUCUUCUACAGUCAAACUAGGUCUAAAACAGAGGCAGUUAGUG